UGAAAACCUGCGAGUUUGUGCCAAACACUUUUCGUGGGACUGUUUUUCCAACCUGGGUCAGUACAACGCCGGACUGGCAGAAAGACUUUUCCUUAAAGAUGGUGCAACUCCUACCAUCCGUGGCGAAGCUACAGAGUGACGACAACAAUGCCUGGUGUCUGUUUCGGAACGUUUCUCGCUGUUUCACUGCUACUCUCGUUACUUCCGGUAACGGGGAGCCACGCACAGACGCGUUCAUGGUUAUUACUGGGGAUGUGAACCAUGCAAGACUGGACAAAACACUCCCAAACUUUCAUCAGUAUGUUGACUGCCCCACCACGGAAAACAGAACACUGGACCUCCUGUAUGCAAACACCAACGAUGCAUACAGUGUCACCGCCCUCCCCCUACUCUGCAGAUCUGAUCACAACCUUGUCCUGAUGACCAAAAUACGUCCGCUUGUCCAGCGGCAGCCUGUGUUCACUAAGACAGUGAGGAAGUGGACUCAGGAGGCCAAUGACGCGCUGCAUGACUGCUUUGAGUCUACCGAGUGGGAUUUGCAUCACAGAAUACAUAAAAUUCUGUGAAGACAACACCAUGCCAGCCCGGACUGUACGUUGCUUCCCCAACAACAAGCCCUGGAUCACCAGCGACCUGAAAGGACUUCUUAACAAGAAGAAGAAAGCCUUCAGGUUGGGGGACAGACUUCUACUGAGAGAGGUACAACACGAGCUGAGAGAGAGUAAAGACUCUUACAGGAGGAAGCUGGAGGCCAAACUCCAGCAGAACAACGUGAGGGACGUGUGGACGGGGAUGAAGGCCAUCACCAGGUGUGGUGUGAGAGACAUGCAGACGUCAGGGAGCCUGGAGAGAGAAAACGAGCUGAACAGGUUUAGCUCCCAGCCCUCUCAGUCCGCCGUCUCGUCUACCACACACCCUGCCCCCCACACACCUUCGCUGCCUCCAAUGCUCCCGCCCCUCCUCCCCCUCUCUCCCCUGUGGUGAGCACACCGGAUCCAAUCCCCCCACCUUCACAACACCUCCAUCCCCCCACGGACAGUCAGAAUCCCCUCCCCCGCUGGACUGUGACAACGGCCCAGGUGAAGAGACAGUUGGAGAGACUUCACCCACGCAAGGCUGCGGGACCCGUUGGCAUCAGCCACAGGGUUCUGAAGACCUGUGCCAGCCAGCUGUGUGCUGUUCUCCAUCAUCUCUUCAACCUGAUCCUGAGCCUGGAACAGACAAGGAUAUCUGGACUGCUGGCUGAGGACAGACAUCAUGUGGCCUGCCAGACAGACCCCCCCGUCCCCCCCCAGACUAACACAGUUGGUACACAGCUGUCCAUCACAACUUUCCAACCCCACUUCAGAAGUAAAGGAACACAGAAGACAAUAUCCUGUGCCAGUGUCGGCACCUCACCUGUUGCCUUCUCCACGUCAAAACCAUUUAUGACAUCAACAGCGGUGAAGAGGCCACGCUUGGAAUUGGAGGAGGAAGAGGACAAUCCUUUAGAGGGCAGCUCAUCCAUGAAGAUUCCUGAUCCACAGGACUCUACGUAUGACCCUGAAGACUCUUUCACAGCCUUGACUGUGUCAGUAGAUGUAACAAAGGAAUCUACCGACCCAGUUCAUAAGACGUCAACUUACAUUGUCUAUGAAAGCUGCCUACUGGAGUUGUUUCGGAUAUGCCCUGAAUGUCGGCGGGUUUCAGAAGUACGUACGAGUAGAGUGGGCACAUUCAUCACCAUAGAACAGAAGUGUCUGGGAUGUACGUACAGAAAGAAGUGGAAUAGCCAACCUCUUCUUGGAAACAGUCCUGCUGGCAACCUCCAACUUUCUGCUGCUGUGUAUGCCACUGGGGCAUCCUUCUUUAAACUUCAAAAGAUCUUCCGGGCAAUGCAUCUGAAGAUGUUUCAAUAUGACACCUUCAGAAGACACGCCCGGAAUUACAUAGAACCUGCGAUCGUGCACAAAUGGAAGAAAGCACAGGGUGGAAUGUUGGAGCAGCUUAGUGAGCAGCAGAAUGUCAUCCUCGGUGGUGACCUCAGGGCUGACUUACAUGGUCAUUCUGCCAAGUUUGGGACUUACUCCAUGAUGGACCUGAAGAGCAACACCAUCAUUGAUCUGCAGCUGGUUCAAAGCAAUGAAGUUGAUGGAAGUUAUCAUAUGGAGAAGGAGGGUCUGAAGAGAAGCCUUGCUCUCUUGGAGGCGCAUGGUGUGACUAUGGACAGCAUUGUUACAGACCCUCACCCUCAGAUCCAGAAAUUCCUGAGGGAGUCCAACAUCACCCACAACUAUAAUGUGUGGCACAUGGAGAAAGAUUUGGCACAUGGAGACCCUGUCUUCCCCCAGUGUUUACAUCCUGAACACACUUCAAGGGACAAGAGCAAGAAUGUGGUCUUCACUUUUCUUGAAAUGUUAUGCAGACUCUACUUGGCAGCCCUGCACUUCAACGAGAAUGCUGGGCUUCCCAAAGCAAGAACAUCAGCUGGUGAGCCGCAGUACAGGAUGUACUUCCCAAAGCCCAUGAACGGAGAAGUCACAGCAAAACCAGUGAAAACUGCAGCAACCUUCUGUUAUGUGGAUGAGUUGAUGGACCUCAUCUUUGACGUCUUCAAAGAUCCUGCCCCAUUUAUGGAUGAGGUGCUGAGGAUCCCAAUCCCACCGGCUCUGUCGACCCAGUUUGACAGUCCAGAGAAGCAGGACGUGGUAGCCUCCUUUGUGUCGGGGUUCAACCAAGCACAGGUCUGAACCCCACGUAUCUUCCCUCUGCGUCGCGGAACACUGUGCGACCACACAGGCAGGCAGUACCACAGGAUUGUCCGGCCCAAAAAGCCCCAAACCCAGCUUACAAAGCUUCUGUAGGCCAGGAAUCUAUAACGGCUGAAAAAGUGGACAUAUUUAGUCAAAGUUUAUUUUGACACGUUGAAACGUUAUUUGUUUAUAUUGUACAUUUGUGAUUUUUUUUUUGUGCCAUUUAUCUUUUUUCUAUAAUAAAACAGUAUUCUGCUAUAAA